AUGUUUCUAAAUGAGGACUAUUUCAAGAAUUGUCAUCCAAAUGUGCCAGGAUUCGAUGGAUGCAUACGAGAAGCGUUAAAUGCGGUUCGACCUUACUUCAAAACUGGCCUUCCCCAAUACAAUGUAGUCACCUUUGAUCCACUUUUCGCCAAAGAAGUAUCAGCGUCACGCGGAAAUGCCAAAUUAGGCUUUACCUUAACGCUAAGGAACGUUACCGAGAGUGGAUGGACUAACAGUAAAGUGACGAAAUUCGUCAGUGACAUACCGAAUUACAAGAUAGUGUACACUCAGAGUUUCCCAGCAAAAUUCCUGUCAGGUUGGUAUGAGUUUAAAGGGACAGCACUAGGCUCCAGUAUAAACAAUAAGGGAAAAUUCACGUUGGAUCUUUAUGAUUACUUUCAAACGACCGUCGUUACCAGAAAACCAGGACAAAAGAUUCGAGUCGAUGUGGAUGUACAACAGAUCGGGGAUUUGAAGCUUCAUAUCACAAAUUUGCUAUCCGGUCAUAAAAUACUCGAGAAUAUUCUCGAUAAAAUAAUAAAUGGCUCGUGGCAGCCAGGAUUUGUGCUUACCAGACGUAUAAUCAACGAACUCGUUUCGAAAGGGUACACGGAGAUUUUUGACGGCUCUUUUCGUAAUUUUCCUUUCGACAAAAUCAUCAAACCGAGACCUACGAGAUAACUCUGCGAGGAUUGUGUCACGAUUCUUUGUUUAAUUCUUUUGUAAAAUGUAAUUUUCGAGAGAUAAAGACGAUUGUGAUAUCGAAGUUGUAACUUUUUAAUUUUGGCUCGUUUAAUACGAAGAAUAGAAAUUUAUCUAAGUAGCUUCCAAAUUAUUUUCUUUCUGUUCUAUAUGUGCUCUAUACUGUUCUAUGUGUUGGUAAAAAUAGUUCAUUAUGCAGUUUACGUUAUCUAGUUUUAUUUCAAAACUACUUCGCGACUUAUGACGCAUUUGAACUUUAGAUCGAAAAAAUUAUAUUUUACACGAGACUUUUAUAAAGAAUCAUACGUGUUUACAGAUUUCGAUAUAAUUUUAUUGAAGAAGCUGGUGAAUACUUUUGGGCAUCACUUGGUACUUCGUAUUUUUGGAUAUUUUGUAUUUUUGGUCGACACUUUGGUAUUUGCCAGAAAUAUUUCUUUAUCGUUUGAUUUUAUUUUAUACACGUUUUGUAAGAAAUAGGAAAGGGGGAAAAUGAUAAAACAUAAGUGAAAAAGAAGGAUACGAAUCUCAUGUGUGAGGCAAAAGAAAGAUAAUUACAAAUCAGCUAGAUUCUUUUUAAUUCGGAGAAUAUCGAUUACUUAUACAAGUGAGAUCGAUAAGAAGAGAUGUGUUUAUUAUGUAAAAAGCGAGAUUCUAAUUAGAAGACUGCAAAUUCUCUGGACUAAACUAAACGUGGAGAGACAUUUUUUCAUUUUCUUGAAGAAAGUCUUCAUACAAAAUGAAUCACGAAUGACAUACUUAUACGUUCCGAUAAAAAACCAGGAUACGGAAAUUAUAGGUUUCCGUAAACGUUUGAUACGUAGAAAAUAGCGAUUUUAAGAGAAGUAGAAAGGGCUGAUUUUUUAAAAGCAAACACAAAUUUAUAGUUAUUUCCUGAUUGUCUCUUACGUAUUUUUAGUUACUCGACCUCCUGAUAUUUUGUCAGACAAUUUUGCAACAGAUAAUGCAAUUAAUUCUAGUUAUUCCUCUUUUUCAAGUGUUUUUAUUUUCUUCGCGGUCUAAUGCAAAUAUUCAGACCUGUUAGUUUCAUACGAACGAGAAACUGAAUUUUCAUCUCUUUAUUGGCUAUUCAUCGAAUGAAAAAUCCCAUCGGUCGAUACAUCUAUUCUACUCGUAACUUCUAUUCUUCGAUCGUAUCUAUCGACAUGUCCAUUGAGUAAGACCACACAAUUGGCUUUUUACGAUAGCAAAUUACGAUUCAAGGAUUAUUCAAGAGCUUCUCGGAAAUCGCGAAUCUUCUCCUCUUCCGUUCGUACUAACGAACGUAACGAAGCGAACACGAGACUUUCUUCCUCUGUCAGGAUAGCUGUUCGCCUUGAGAGGCUGACGGUCUCUGACCUCGCAUUCUCAUGGUGCGUCGACUCUCAUCGGACACCGUCGAUAAUUUGCGUUAAAAGGAAGACAUUAGGUAACAGAGGUACCGACUUUGAAAAUGCCCCUGCGAAACGUCGUUGUCUUUUUUUGUAACGAAAAAUAAAUGGACCAUCUUGUACGGUUUCUAUCGAACGAUCUUCGUGGAUUAAAGUUGAAUCGUUCUUUAAUUCGACGAUAUGUUUGGAAUUGGAAAAAUUUGAUUUUUUAAAAAACGAAACAUUCGAUGUAAUUUUGUUAUUCUUCGUUCUCCUCUUAUUUCCAGCCAUAGAAAUCUCACUGGUUAUCUACUUGUAGAAUUAAUUACGAGUAAUUUUACUCUACUCUCAAAUUUUCGAUUCUUAUAGGGGUAGAAGGUACGAUAGUCAGGGAAACGCGAUUAAACUUCGGAAAAAUAUCGCUGCUAAAGUAUCGCUUCUAAAAGAUAUCGAUGUUUCUAAUACGAUUUUAUUACGAAUCGUUAACCUUAAGAUUUCAAAUAUUUUAGAUACGUGCGUUUGCGUAUAAUGUAACACCGUACGAAAGCAUUACGGUUAAUAACGCUCGAUCAUGAUCGAUUCCUAUCGUGAGCACGAGUUACGGUGCUUAUUAACGGUGCUUAACAUUCUUCGCUAAACGCGCCAACUUCUCUGACGUCUACCAUUCACAUCCGCUUACUUUCAUCGUACCUUGAUCAAACUUUUAUCGUUCGUUAUAAUAAAUGUGUUCCGUAUAUAUUAGUAAUAUAUAAAUGUGUUCGGUGUUUUAACGUAUGUUAAACAAAUAUUGUUGGUUAUAUUGUAUUUUAAUAAAGUUAUGUUAUAUUUUUCAA